AUGGGAGAAUCAGAUGACGAAGAUUGGGACGCAGAUUUUGGUAUUGAACCAGGUCACAAUCUAUCAUCUCUUCAAAGAAAGUUAACAAUUGGAAAGUUAUCAAAGAAAGAGAAAGCAGAGAUUAUGGCUGUUGGCAAUAAUAAUCAAAAUAAUAAUAAUAACAAUAACAAUAAUAAUAAUAAUAAUAAUAAUAAUAGUUCUUCACCAUUGAAUGUACCAUCAUCACCACAAAGAUCAAUAUCACCAAUUCAACAACAACAACAAAGUAAUAGUUUUACACCAAUCAAAACACAAAGAUCCGAUGGUGGAAGCAGUUCAAAUUUGAUGGAUGACGAUGAUGAUUGGGACAGAUCACCAUCGCCAACCAAGGGUAUAUUACAGAAUCGAAAGGAAGAGUCAGACUCUGAAGAUUGGGAUGCCGACUUUGGUGGUGGAACACCAGCUCCAGGGGGAACCAGUUCACCAGCUUCUCCACAAAUGAAGAUUUUGGGUAUCAAGGCCGAUCCAAACCAAAAGACUGAAUGGGACGACGAUUUCCUUUUCAACGAUAGCUCUGAAUCUGACAGUAAAUCAAUCCUAACACCUGCCAACAACUUAUUGACUCGUGUUGCAUCAAGACCACUUUCAAAUCAAAUUGAUACCAAAAUACCUGCUUCUAUUUCAGAUUUAAUUAAUUUAAUGAUUUUUGGAAAUGAUAUAAAUACACAACAAACUAUUGUUGAAAACAAGACACCACCAAUUAAUGGACUUAAAAUUACAACUUUAUCAGGUAUGUCAAAUAUAAAUAUAAAGGAUUAUAUAAAAUGA